AUGGAUGCGUUUUAUGGAGAACAACAGAGCGAGAUGAUGACGAGUAGGAGUGGAGAAGAAGUUCGUUUUGUCGCGACGCCGCCGACGAGGACGAGCGACGGGUUUAAUGGAGUCCUCGCAAAGUACGGCGUAAGUACGGUGUUGGUAGAUUCUUCUUCGGAAGAUAACGAUGAUGCGAGCAAAAUUUUCCCAGAAAGCAUUCUUCGUCGCGAUAAUAGGAACAACAUCAUUACUAAAAAUGCUCUAUUCUUGGCGGACGUGUACCUCCCGACGCCGCGCUUAGACGGAGACCAAACGCCGGCAUCCAUCGUGAAAAUAUUCGUCGAACGCGCACAAGACGCGAUGGGAUUGCUCGAUUCUGGAAUCGAAGAGGAACAGUUACCGACUGGGGUGAUUAUACAAGCCGCGGAGAAUCCGAGGGCAUUCGUGAACGAGUUGGUGAAGGAAACGAGAGACGGGGUAGAAUCCGGAGCGACCCUGGACGAUAACGAGUGGACGAAGGUUUUGAAGUCGGUGGAUGUGGACGUCGGUUUGCUUUUACUCUCGGUCGUGGUUAUCGUGCCGACGUUUAGAAAGUUUAAAUUAUCUCCGGUGUUGGGUUUCUUAGCCGCCGGUCUAGGUUUGAAUAAGCUCGGGUUGUUCAUCGAGAACCAAGAGGUGGAUCAGUUUUGCGAGCUCGGGAUUCAGUUUUUGUUAUUCGAGAUGGGUUUGGAGUUGUCGAUUACGAGAUUGAAAGCGUUGGCGAAAUACGCGUUCGGUUUAGGUUUCACGCAAGUCGCGGCGGUGAACGUGCUCUUCGCUAUGGCGUUGUUGCCAGCAGGGAACGCCAUCGGGACGAAAGUUUUAGAGUUUGUACAACCGGGGAACAACGAGAUGUUACAGGUGACUUCGACGUUAGAGGCGGUGGUGAUUGGUUUCGCGUUGUCUUUAUCUUCGAGCGCGUUUGGUUUGCAGUUGUUGCAAGAUAAGCAACAAUUGGCGACAAAGUUUGGAACCGCAUCGUUGGGGGUGCUUUUGUUUCAAGAUUUAGCGGUCGUGCCGUUUAUUAUUUUGUUGCCGGUGUUGUCCAUGGCGGCAGCGAGCGGCGGAGGAGCGAGCAUGGAUAUGGGCGUUAUGGCAGCUGGCGGCGCGACGUCCAUGCUCGAUCUCGGCGCGCUAGCGUUUGCUGGGAGAUCGCUCGCGUUGGUUGGUUUCGAAGCCGUGGAAGCGGCGGAAGCUGGGACGGAUGUUUUCGUCGCCAUGUCCUUGCUCACUCUCUUCGGCUUCUCCUUCGCCUGUUCUGCGAUUGGUUUUAGCGACUCGUUGGGAGCGUUCCUCGCCGGUAUCGUUUUGGCGGACACGAAAUACGCGCACCAAAUCAUCAACGAGCUGAACGCGUUCAAAGGUUUAUUCCUUUCGCUUUUCUUCGUGACCAUUGGCACGACCAUCGACGUCCCGUUGGCCAUCGAAAUGUUCCCGAUUAUUUUGAUCAUGACCACGACUUUGAUGGCCACCAAAACCGGCGUCGUCACCGCACUUGGCCCACUCGUUGGCCUUUCCUGGCGCGAAGCCUUGGUCGCCGGCGCGGUCCUCUCCCAAGGCGGCGAAUUUGCGUUCGUCAUCUUUGGUCAAGCCACCUCCACCGGCGCCGGUAACCUCUUCCCGCAAAAAUUAGAAGAAGUUUUAGUCUGCGUCGUCAUCUUAUCCAUGGCGUUAACCCCGGUCGCGGUCGAAGUGGCCAUGAAAAUCGCCGGCCCAGAGUUACCUCUCGGCAACUGUUCCGACGAUGCCGCAAACCUCUCCUCGGACGAGCUCGAGGCGUGCGAAGUCACGAGCAGCUGGAACGAAGCCGCAUCCGCAAACUUGAACGCCAUGGCGGAGUCGGAAGAACUCAAAGCGGCGACCCAGGAUUUGAAGCAAAUAGGCAGCGGGAGCUACAAGCGCAUCAAGAGAGAAAGAGACCCUCUGACGCAAUCCAUAGACGAAUCCGUCGCGCAAGAACUCAAAAGCCAAGAUGAAGCCACCAAGCCGCGAUAA